UGCUCCAAAAAACGGUAUUUGCCAAGAAGAAGAAGAAGAAUCUGCGAACAAAGAGACGCGUUUUGCUAGCAACGCAUCGCCCAGCAGAGCUCGCGUGUUGCUGUAAAAUUGCGAUCGGGCCCAAAAAAUGUGCAAAGUCGAAAUGAUUCGAGCGCUGCUGCAUGCGCGGCUGAGCGCGGCCGUCGAGGAAAUCUGCGUGCUGUUGCGGACAACGAUUGCGCAGUACGAGGAGGAACUUUGUCGCGCAAAAGAGGAGAACGACAGACAACGUCGGCAACUGGACGCCGUUUGCGGGGUUCGGGAUCGACCGCGAACAGCAGGCAACAGUCGAGGUGUUCAUGUUGAGCAUCAGGAGCCAGAAUGCAGCCGGCGCAUUAAAGAAGAGGCGCAGGAGGAUGAAAUCACCACGUUGCCUUUGGCUGGUGUGAUGCUGAAGAGCGAAGAUGAUGAGGGAGAGCACAGCGGAGGGCCCCGAUGGCGAGGCCUCUUGGCUCCGCUCUCGGACAGCGACGACGUGACGUCACGCUCUCCCGAUAAUGACGACGGGGAACGCCCCAAAAAGGAGACGUCGAGUCAGACCGACAAAAAACGAGUCAAAUGCGCUCAGUGCGACAAAACAUUUGACAGAAAGUCGUUGUUGAUAAGACACACAAGAACACACACGGGAGAAAAACCUUUCGCUUGCUCAGUUUGCGGCAAAAGAUUCUCGAUGACGGGAAAUUUAACAAUGCACACAAAAACACACACGGGAGAAAAACCGUUUGCCUGCUCAGUUUGCGGGAAAGGCUUCAUUCGGAGGCGCUCUUUGACGACACACGCGCGAACGCACACCGGCGAGAAACCGUUCAGCUGCAGUGUGUGCCAUAAAAGAUUCAAUGAUCAGAGUUGGGUGAAGAGGCACAAGUGUGCUCGUGAGAAGAGCAGCGGUCAGUGAAGCUGCGGAGGAAACUGAGGAAAAAUCACCACGGUGGAAUCUCGUUUUUGCGAAUGACGCGCGACUUUGGGUUUGCGAAUAGCCUCGGCCCAGGCACGCAGACGGCUCGUUGGGGCUUUCUCAUGCGCGACGGAAACAAUAUUGUCUGAUGCAAAACCGUAUCUUUGUUUGCUUUUUAUUUGUUUUGCUCUUUUUCCUCUUAUCGGUUGUGUUUUUACUAUUUUCUUAACGCCAAUGACGUUGUGUCUGCACAAUACAAUGACAAUAAAGGCUUUCUUUUCUA